AUGGGUUUAUACAUUGAGCUUCUUAAGGAUAUAGCUGGGCGCAUUGCAGCAUCGGCCAACACGACCGCGUGGAUCUCGCAGUCCGCUGAGUGCGCAAAGGGGUGUGGAGCUGGGCACGGCCUUCGUUCAACACGCCAUCGUUCCAGCACGUCCCGCGACUACAAAGAGCACAGUAUGCCUCUCAACAUCUUUCGCCAUGCAAUUUUUAAUGUCGAUGCACUCUGCCAGCUCGCAAGCUCUUUACGUUUUGGGAGAUGCUGCUGUUGCGAUGUUACUCAAGUACCAGUAGGCGGCAGCUUGUACUGGGCAGUGUUCGUGUUGUUUGACGAUGGAGUCGAGUGGGUGUUUCGAUCUCCACGAUAUGAUGGCACUAUCCGGUCUCCAGAAACGAUCCAAAAAUUAGUAGCGAGCGAAGCAGCUACGUUAAAAUAUAUCAAUUCACAUUUAGCCAUACCUGUCCCAGAAGUUUACGCGUAUAGCUGCUCGAAAAACAAUAGUGUUGGAGUACCCUAUAUUUUAAUGAGUAAAGCCAAAGGCUCCCCCCUUAGCACAAAGUGGAAACCACGGGGGUUACAAAAAUCGGCCCUAUCGUUAAAAGAAAAGGCAAAGCUCCGGUUCGAAGAGAUCGGCUCGCUUUUUGAGGAAGAAGAUGGCCAUUUUCGGGUGGGGAGCUGUUUAUCACGGGGACUGGUGGACUUUGACAGAGAUAGCUUGGAUGAAUUACCCCGGGGGCCAUUCUCCUGUGAGAACGAAUACGUUGACGCCCUGAUAUUAGCAUUUUUGCAGCAUGUCGAGUGUCUCCAGCUUCAUCAUCACUGCUUCUUCGCGCCCCUGCCGACCCGCAAGAGAUAUGAUGAUGAUCGCGAAUAUCGCAGAGCGUGCGAUCAUUGGAAUAAUUUUGUUGCCCUUGGUUCCAAAAUCGACGGCUCCGACAAUCGCACUGACUACAUGGUAGUCGGACAUUCUUUACGCGCAAUAGCAUCAAAAUGGACGAUGAAAGGAGCGACGGCAGGCCCCCAGGAUACCAAUCUUGAAUUUACCUUGCAUCAUCCUGAUCUCAAUGUGAACAAUAUAUUCGUGGAUGACGAUUGCAGAAUUACAUGCAUCAUUGACUGGGCAUUCUGCUCAUCCGUCCCUUUAUCAGUCCUUCUCAUGGCGCCUGGUCUUCCGCAAUCCCGAGACGAACUGGAGACCCCUUUAAUUACUGCGUUUGAAGACGGACUAAGCAAGUCGAUAUCUACGGGAGGUACAAUACUUUCUAAGCUGCGAGCCUUUCCAAGUCACAGAUUCCUUUGGUUAUUCUAUCGGCUAGUGAGUUUUGAUUCUUCGGGAGACUACUCCCAGUUCGAAGAGAUCUGGCGAUUAAGUGACCAAAAUAACCUGGAUUUCUCGACGUUUUUCAAUCACAACAGCGAUCCGAUAGCUAUAUAA